GUAGAAGUGAGUCAUAUCAUUCUCUGGGGGAGAGACUUCUGGGCAGGAGGAACGGCCAGUGCUUGGUCCCUGAAUGUGCAGUUUGCUGAGCGGGGAGUGGCUGUGAUGUUUAAGGAAGACCAACGGGACCAGCUUGGCUGGGGGAGUGAAGGAGGAGGGAGGAAGCCAGAGAUGGGAUCAGACACGUAACAGAACAAAGCAUCUGGCUGUGUAGGUCAAGGUAAAGUAACCGAGGAAGAGAAUGGUUAAAUGACUUGCCCAACAGCAUGCAAGGACUUCCAAGAGACCAGGAUUGCAAGCCGUCUCCUGCUUUCCAGUCCAUCAUUCCUUCUACCACAUCAUGAUGCACCUUCCUAGCACAACAACCUUCAGCUCUCCCAAACUGCUGACCAUUCUGUCCCAGGAGAGUGAAACUGACAAGUUUGUCAACUGUAACCAUGAGUACAGCAACUUUCUGUGAGCUCCGUGAAUUCUUCCAGUGAAUUAUCAAAGGUAUGUUUUGGGAACCUCCUGAGCUUGCUGUUGGUGUUGGAAGUAGGUAGUCUUGUGUAGACUGUGCUCUCUCUGACUAUACAGUUGGCUGACUCUCACACCAUUACACAUUCUUAGCUUAAUAACUGCUGCUAAAUUAUUCAGUUUUUCCUGAUAUUAUACAAGAAAGGCUCCAGAGAACAACACUUUGUCUGGCUAGGUUAAAACAAGUGUCCAGGUCCCCAGCUCAAGGUUAAAACGUCUAAGGCCGAAAGCCCUCCAGUUUCCCCUGGACACCUUGCUCCUGCUUCUGCUACGACCUUCUGGAGAACACGUAUUUCUCAUUUUCUUCUUAAAUUGCCAUUUUCGCUUUAGGAGAUGAAUGUUUUCCUUUGGCUGUUUUGGCAAUGACUCUGAAUUAAAGCGAUGCUAACGCCUUGUUUCCCCCUAAUUGUUAAAAGCUAUGGACUGCAGGAAGAUGGCCCGCGUCUCUUACAGUGUCAUUUGGAUCAUGGCCAUUUCUACAGCCUUUGAACUGGGAUUAGUUGCCGGGCUGGGCCAUCAGGAAUUUGUGCUUCCAUCUCGGGGAGACCUGGCCUUCAGAGAUGACAGCAUUCGGCCCCAGGAGGAGCCUGCAAUUCGGCCUCGGUCUUCCCAGCGUGUGCCGCCCACGGGGAUACAGCACAGUAAGGAGCUAAACAGAACCUGCUGCCUGAAUGGGGGAACCUGCAUGCUGGGGUCCUUUUGUGCCUGCCCCUCCUCCUUCUACGGACGGAACUGUGAGCACAAUGUGCGCAAAGAGAACUGUGGGUCUGUGCCCCAUGACACCUGGCUGCCCAAGAAGUGUUCCCUGUGUAAAUGCUGGCACGGCCAGCUCCGCUGCUUUCCUCAGGCAUUUCUACCCGGCUGUGAUGGCCUUGUGAUGGACGAGCACCUCGUGGCUUCCAGGACUCCAGAACUACCACCGUCUGCACGUACUACCACUUUUAUGCUAGCUGGCAUCUGCCUUUCUAUACAAAGCUACUAUUAAUUGGCAUUGACCUAUUUCCAGAAAUACAAUUUUAGAUAUCAUGCAAAUUUCAAGACCAGUAAAGGCUGCUGCUACAAUGUCCUAACUGAAAGAUGAUCAUUUGUUAGUUGCCUUAAAAUAAUGAAUACAUUUCCAAAAUGGCUUCUAACAUUUCCUUACAGAACUAACUACUUCUUAUCUCUUUGCCCUGCCCUCUCCCAAAAAACUACUUCUUUUUUCAAAAGAAAGUCGGCCAUAUCUCCAUUGUGCCCAAGUCCAGUGUUUCUUUUUUUUUUUUUUUUUUUUUAAGAUGGAGUCUUGCUCUGUCACCCAGGCUGGAGUGCAAUGACGCGAUCUCGGUUCCCUGCAACCUCUGCAUCCCAGGUUCAAGCAACUCUCCUGCCUCAGCCUCCCAAAUAGCUGGGAUUACAGGCAUGUGUCACCACGCCCGGCUAAUUAUUUUGUAUUUUUAGUAGAGACGGGGUUUCACCAUAUUGGCCAGGCUGGUCUCGAACUCCUGACCUUAUGAUCCACCCACCUCGGCCUCUCAAAGUACUGGGAUUACACACGUGAGCAACUGCACAAGGCCUGGUGUUUCUUGAUACAUGUAAUUCUACCAAGGUCUUCUUAAUAUGUUCUUUAAAUGAUUGAAUUAUAUCUUCAGAUUCUUCAAGACUAAUUCUAAUGUGGACCUUAGAAUACAGUUUUGAGUAGAAUUGAUCAAAAUCAAUUAAAAUAGUCUCUUUAAAAGGAAAGAAAGCCUCUUUAAGGGGAGGAACAAGAGUGCUGAAGGAAUGGAAGUCCAUCUGGAAGUGUGCAGGGAGACUGGGUAGGAAAGAGGAAGCACAUAGAGGAGAGAGGUUGGAAAACAUAAAAUGAGUUACUUGAUUGGUGAUUAGCUGGUGGUAGAGAAGCAAGUAAAAAGGCUAAAUGGAAGGGCAAGUUUCCAUCAUCUAUAGAAAGCUAUAUAAGACAAGGACUCCCCCUUUUUUUUCCCAAAGGCAUUGUAAAAGAAUGAAGUCUCCUUAGAAAAAAAAUUAUACCUCAAUAUCCCCAACAAGUUUUCUUAAUAAAUUGUGUUUCCUCCAAGCUAUGCGAUUCUUUUAACUGUUGUAGAAGAGAAAAUGUUCACAAUAUAUUUAGUUGUAAAGCAAGUGAUCAAACUUCAUAUUGUAAAGCCCAUUUUUAAAAUACAUUGUAUAUAUGUGUAUGCACAGUAAAAAUGGAAACUAUAAAAAAAAAAAAAA